AUAGAUGCUAGGAUUGCCAAGCUCUCAUAAGUGAGUUGAUUCAUGGUAGAAGUCAUCUUGUAAGAUUUGUUAAAAGGACUGUGAGUUCUUUAGAUUUUUCUCUCCAAAAAAGAAAAAAAGUUUAGGGAUUGUUUGAUAGUCUGAAAAAAGUAAUGUAAGAUUAUCGGCUGCUUUGGCGCUCUGGCUCUCGAUCAUCUCUAGCAUUGUGCGAUUAAUCUUCCCCUUCUCAUUCUUCUCUAACCAUGCCCAAAUCCUGCUCCGUCGCCGUCAUCGGCGGCGGAGUCUCAGUCUCCGGGCUAUGCGCCGCCCGCGAGCUCCUCCGCGAAGGCCACCGAGUCGUCGUCUUCGAAAAAACUAAUCGCAUUGGCGGCACCUGGGUCUACAAUCCCUACACCGACUCCGAUCCUUCGGGCCUCGAUCCGGCACGACGGGUCGCUCAAGGUAACCUGUACCGCUCGCUCCGCACUAACAUUCCUCGCCCGCUCAUGGGUUUUUCUGACUACCCGUUCCCGGAUCCCGAGGCGAGCUUUGGCGAUCCUAGGGCUUUUCCUGGGCAUGGCGAGGUUCUUGCUUUCGUUGAGACGUUUGCGCGCGAAGAAGGUCUGCUUGAUGUAGUGAGGCUUGGGGUGGAGGUGGUUAGGGUGGAGCAGGUCGGGGAAAGGAAGGACGAGUGGGAGGUGGAGUGGCGGCAGACGACGGAGGCGACGGAGGCGAGGGAGACGGAGCUUUUUGAAGCUGUGGUCGUCUGCAAUGGCCACAACUCAGAACUGCGGUUCGCAGAUAUUCCCGGCAUUCAAAAAUGGCCCGGAAAGCAGAUACAUAGUCAUAAUUAUCGCAUUCCUGAGCCAUUUCUAGAUCAGGUUGUUGUCAUUAUUGGAAAGGGUGCAAGUGCCUUCGAUAUCUCUAAAGAAAUUUCAAAGUUGGCCAAAGAGGUUCACGUGGCUUCAAGAACUACAGAAGUUAAACUUGGAAAGUUAGAUAACUUUGAUAAUAUUUGGCAGCAUUUGAUGAUUAAAUGUGUUCAUGAAGAUGGUAAUGUUGUAUUCGAAGAUGGUUUCGAAGUAAUUGCAGAUGUGAUCCUCCAUUGUACAGGGUACAUUUUCAGUUUUCCCUUUCUCAAAGAAAAUAAAGUUGUAUGCGUUGACGACAGCCGUGUUGGGCCUCUAUUCAAACAUGUGUUUCCGCCACAUCUUGCACCAUGGAUCUCUUUUAUCGGAAUAUCAAGUAAGAGCAUAACUUUUAUGAUGAUCGAAUUUCAAAGCAAAUGGGUGGCUAAGGUUUUAUCAGGGAAAGUAAAACUUCCAUCAGAGGAAGAAAUGGUUGCAUCCGUCAAUGAAGUCUAUGCUAAAAUGGAAGAACUAAAAAAGCCUAAGCGCCAUACUCAUUUCCUUUCUGUACUUGAGCCCGGAUAUUUGAACUGGAUCGCUGCUGAAAUCGGUUUACCACUUGUGGAGGAAUGGAAACUGCAGAUGUACAGCUUACUAGUGAAGUGUGUUGUGUCUUAUGAUGAUGGCUAUCGCGAUAGGUGGAGUCUCGAGCAAUGGAAGGCACAAUCAGAGCCCUCAAAUCAGGGUACUUGAUCGAUUAUGAUGAUCAAGUUUAUAACGUUCUUGGCAAAUAAUUGCUGAUUUCAUGGCGAUAAUUAUUUUACAUCAGGUUUGGAACUCUUUAUUUUAUGGAGAUCCUAUAUUUGCUCUUUAUCAAAAGCUUAGAAGUUUAAAAUUUCUCAAAGGCAAACAUAGUUUUAAGAUGCCUAUCUUUUUAAGCUUGCUACAAAUCUUGGGCAGGAACAAUUAACUUCUUUUCAUUUGUUGGACAGAGAUCCUUUUAGCAUCACACUUCUUGCCAGGCUCUUGAAUAUUAAACACAAACUUGAUCAUGCUUAUUAGGCCGAAGUUUUUUUGGCAUCCAAAGGGCCAAAGCCAAAUAGCUGACUAACGGAGAAGAUGAUCUUUACUUUCUUUUUAAAAAGUAAAAGGGCAAAACCAACAAAUAUUAUAUUAA